AUGGUUUCUUGGAAUAAUAUCUUCACACUGGCCCUGGGCCUCAUCGGCUCAGCUCGUGCUUAUACCAACCCUAUCAGAAACCCCGGCGGUGGUGACCCUCAGAUUACCUACACUGGAGGCUACUACUACCUCAUCUCGACAGAAUGGACAAACCUCCAACUGUCUCGAGCUACCACCGUCGAGGGCCUCAAGACUGCUACUCCAAAGGUCAUCUACACCGACUCUGAUCCUUCGCGCUCAUCCAACGUCUGGGCUCCUGAACUGCACUACCUUGGCGGCAAAUGGUAUAUCUACUAUACUGCUGGAAAGUCAGAAGAUCUUACCGGUCAGCGCUCACACGUUAUCAAGGGUGGUGCUAGCCCCUGGGACAGCUGGUCCUACGGAGCUAAGCUCUCUGAUGACUGGGGCAUCGACGGCACCAUCCUUCGCACCAACCAAUUCGGCAACUACUUCGUCUAUUCCUGCAUGACCGGUGUUCAAUACCAGUCUACCUGUAUCCGCAAACUAGGCUCCGACUUCUUGUCCGUCGGUGCCCUAAGCAUCAUCUCCCAGCCUGAUCAAAGCUGGGAAAAGAGCGGAACUCCCGUGCAAGAGGGACCCAACGCCUUGUACUUCGGCGGCAGGACCUACAUCUCCUACUCAGCCAACUACUGCUGGACCCCAGACUACUGCGUCGCUCUGCUCGAGUGGGAUGGAAAGACCGAUCCUGCCAAGGCUUCAGCGUGGAAAAAGUCCAACGGUUGUGUUCUGAAGAGUGCUAAUGGAAGCUAUGGAACUGGUCAUAACAGUUUCUUCCAGAGUCCUGAUGGAAAGCAGACGUUCAUCACUUUCCAUGCUACUUCUAAUAAGAAUGGUGCUUGUGAUGAUACCAGAUAUGCUAUGACGCAGCCGUUGACUGCAAAUGCUGAUGGCACGCCGAACUUUGGAUCUGUCCAGCCUUUUUCUCACCAGUUUGCUGAACCUUCUAGAUAAGUACUUUUUGGCAGGAAUAUGUCUCUGUCUAUCUUCAGUACACUGGGCCGUGAGAAUAUUGGAGGAGACCUGGUAGUCCUAGUGACGUAAGGCCGAAUACAAGAAGUUAAGAAUUAUAUUUUCAGUCCUUAUACAUGUGGCGAUAUCAUAUAGACUAGGUGAUGACGUGUCUCGAUUCAAUGUCUCAGUGGUCAUGCGACAGAGGAAGCUGCCUGGUUACUCCCAAGCUACUACUAAGGCCGGAAGAAAUAGAAGCUGUCUGACCUGUAGUCCUUGACUAAAACAAUCAUGCUUAAAUAUUUAUUGUGGCGGAGCAUGGUGACUCAAUGUGAAACAUAUCAAGAGGCUAAGUUCAUUGGAGGUUCAAACCGGGAUUACUCCAACAUCCG